AAUUGAUAAGCCUCUURAAACCUUSCUUUUCKACUGUGCUAAUUGGUAGCAUGUCCUUAGCAACGCGAUGCAUAAUAGCAUUUGUGAUGUCUUYUGUCUUUUCGAUGUUUGCUUGUAGGGCACAUUUUCAUCAGAGAUAAUCUAAUGUUGAUAAUUUUAUAACAUUAUGAAUCAUUUUAUUAAAAAAACGACUUUGUCAUCAUCAUCAUCUACAAUCAGCCUACCUAACCUGAAGAUCCCGUGUGUGUGUAAUGUUGUAGGAGACCACCACGCGGCGCUAAAGGAUCACAUCAAACSGUUGAGUUGUGGGCGGAAAGUAAACCCGGAAAUGUGCGGAAGGAAACCACGUGAAUGAACAACGGAGGCUACAACAACAUUAACGAGUAGCAUUUUAUCAUCAGCGGUACGGUAAACUAGACUGUUAUAACGUAACGCUGUUGGUGUGUCAUUCAAAUAUGACAUUAAUUUAUUAGCUUACGUUAGCUGGCUAGUUAUCCAUCAAUGUGCACGUAGCUAGCCUGCAAGUGGUCUUGUAUUUGCUGCAAAGAGGAGAUACACAAACGAACAUUUUUUUGUGAAGUAUUUAGGAAUGGUUUAACUCCACCAGACACCAUGUUGAGUCGUCUACAGGAGCUGAAGAAGGAGGAGGAGACUCUCCUGAAGAUUAAAGUUAUGCUGCAGGACCAGCUCAACAGACUCAAG